AUGUAUCCUUCGUUAUUUCAGCUGCUCGUCGGGUCCCUGGUUGCCGCCACCUCUGUAAAUGCAGCUGCUCCAUAUAGUCCAAGAAAGCCCCGGAACGAUGUCCUUGAUUGCCUGACGUCCAAGAACGUCCCUUUUGUUGUGAAGAGUGACGGGAAUUGGACAAGUUAUGCGACGCCGUACAACCUUCGACUUGUUUAUGAGCCGGCAGUUAUUACUGUCCCCGAAACACCGGAGCAGGUUGCAUCUUCGGUUACGUGUGCUGCAGCCGCGAGUCUGAAAGUUCAAGCCAAAGGGGGCGGGCAUUCGUAUGCAAGUUACUCGAGUGGCGGCAAAGAUGGGAGUUUGAUUGUUGAUAUGGAGAAAUUCGCAUCGAUCGAUGUUGACAAAAGCACCUUCAUUGCGAAAAUUGGAGCCGGGCAAAGACUGGGAAACAUUGCCAUAGAAAUCUUCGAUCAGGCCCAGCGGGGUCUCCCCCAUGGAACUUGCUCGGGGGUGGGCAUUGCAGGUCAUGCUUUACACGGCGGGUACGGCUAUGCGUCAAGAAAAUGGGGCAUCACUCUUGAUACCAUUGUCGGAAUCGAUGUUGUCCUCGCCAAUGGAUCACAGAUCUACACUAGCUGCGAGUCAUACCCAGAUGUCUUCUACGCUAUGAAAGGAGCAGGAGAUGCAUUCGCCAUUGCGACUUAUUUCUACCUUCAGACCCAGCCAGCUCCAGCCUCCGUCACGUAUUUCAGCGCCGAUCUGGCUGCGUCCCUGACCAACGUUGAGACCGUCACGGCAGGGUUCGAGAAGCUCCAAAACUUUGUGCUCACUUCGCCGCUGCUCACCCCCAAUAUCACUCUCGGCAUGUACACCGACACGAGCGGCUUAUUCAGCAUCAGCGGAUGGUGCAUGGAUUGCGACACGGCAGCAUUCACCAACUCGGUCUUCCCAGCGAUGCUUGCCGGGUUCCCAGGAGCGGCUUCUCCCACCGUCACACAGCAGGGCUGGAUCGAAGCCCUCACAGUUCUCGCUGACCCAUAUCCUCUGGCACAGCCACUGGGCCACGAAUACACGUCCCACGACACCUUUUACGCGAAAUCCAUCGUCUCGAAGAACGCACGGCCGCUAACCACCGCUGCUAUCCGCGCCUUCUGGGCCUACAUGGUCGACAACCAAGGCAAAGGUCCCUUCUACUCCAUCAUCAAUCUCUACGGUGGCCCUGGAUCGGCCAUCAACGCGCCGUCGCCGGACUCAUCGGCCUACUCUGAGCGAGAUACGUUGUGGGUCUUCCAGAACUACGAAUCCACAGCCGCCCAGCAGCCUCCCUACGACCCGGCGGCCAUCGGCUUCGUGGAUGGCCUGAAUGCUGCCGUGGAGAAUGCCCAGCCCGAUGGUGAUUUCUCGGGCUACAUCAACUAUGUGGACUCGGACUUGGAUGCCAUGACGGCCGCCGAACAAUACUACGGUGCGGCGACGUAUAACAAGCUGCUGGAUAUCAAGAUGCAGGUGGAUCCGACCUUUGUGUUCUGGAACCCGCAGGCUGUUGGAAACUCGAUGGCUCUACCAGUUUGA